AUGAACUGGCGCCGAAUCUUGUUGGAAUACCAAGUGCCUGUUAUUGAACAUGAAUACAUAGAGACGACUCGACCACUUAUGAACGACGGCGACAUCCUUCACGUCAAUCGGAGCUUUUACUGGCCAGUCGAGCGGCCUUUGACUCCCGGUGAAGUACUGAAGGUGGAGCUGCUUGAACGGACAGUAUGGGGCACUUGGAGUGUACUUGGCGCUUACCGCCUCGGCAUGCAUAUCCUUGUGACAGAGGGUUAUCUAUCUUUCUGUGAUAGCCUCAUCGAUGAACGCAAUCAACCCGUAUCGGUCUUCAUCGAGAUGGAAAUCAAUUACAGAUCACCGUCGACAGUCGUGGAGGCGCCAACGCACGAAGAGGUAGAUAUCGGCAAUUGGCGACCUACAAGAUACAGAAGAGAAAUACCAUCCGUGCAUGGAUGCAGCUUUUCCAUGAAGGAAUCGAUUCCAGGCUCCUCUCUAAGCUCUGCAGGGCACUCUGAUAUAGAUGAUGAGCAAGCACUGGAAAAUAUUCAGCACAACAUCGCUACCAUAGAAAACUCGCUUAAGAAUACGGAAACGGUAAUCGAUAUAGAAUCGGGAGAUGAGUCGCGAGUUCGCAAGUUAAAAAUUGCUGGAAAACGCAUUCUAAGACGUGGUUUCUCAAUGGGCACUGAGAAGGUGGUCAGCAUUUCGGAGCGUAAGCGCACUUCCACCUUCAGGAAUAUGAGAUCAUUCAUACGUAUCGGCCGAAAUCGCGGAGGUCCGAGCAGCGGAGAUGAGGAGCAGGGCCUGCUCGAUAUGCCGGGCCCCUCUACCCAACCUGAUCCAGUCAUCAGCCAGGCCUCGAUUUCAUCGGAUGAAAUUAUUGUCGGAGCCCAAUCGUCUGAUGAUAGACCAUGGCGUAGGAAGUUACGCUGUGCUAUCGAUACUGUUGGUCCAGCUGCUCUUAAAGAAGCAGACUUCCAAGUAUGCGUGACAAUAAUCGAGGCCCGCCACCUCUCAGGAGUGAACGUGAACCCAGUAGUUUGCGUUCAAGUAGGAGACAUUUGCAAGUUUACUAGUGUCAAAGAGAGCACCAACUGUCCUUUUUACAAUGAGUACUUCGUGUUCGACUUCCACACGCCAAUUGCAAUGCUAUUCGACAAGAUGAUCACUCUUUCGGUGCUACAAUCGGGCAACCUUCUGCGUGGUAACAAACUACUCGGUAACUUCAAGCUCGACGUCGCCACUGUAUGGAAUCAACCAGAUCGCCAGUUCUAUCACAAAUGGGCGCAGCUGACUGAUCCAGAUGACGUAACAACGAGUGUAAAAGGCUACCUGAAAUGCGACAUAAGUGUCAUUGGGAAAGGCGACACGGUCAAAAUACCUCCCAUGGGCGAGAAAGAUGAGGACGACAUUGAGGCGAACCUCCUUUUACCUGAUGGAGUCCCAAUAGAGCGUCAACGAGCCAGAUUCAUUGUCAAGAUCUACAAAGCUGAUGGUCUUCCAAAGAUGAACUACUCUUUACUGGCUAACGUGAAAAGAGCAUUCACUGGCGAAACUCAAGACUUGGUAGACCCUUAUGUAAAAGUCUGUUUCGCGGGCAUGACGGGAUGUACGUCGGUCAUGAAGAAUUGCUACACGCCAGUGUGGAAUGAGCAAAUUGUUUUCACGGAAAUGUUCCCGCCGUUAUGCCAGCGGAUCAAAAUCCAGCUUAGAGACAAUGAUCCAGUGCAUCCUAAUGUCAUCGGCACCCAUUUCAUUGAUCUCAAAACCAUCUCUAAUGAUGGAGAGAGAGGCUUCUUACCAACAUUUGGUCCAACUUACAUUUAUCUGUACGGGUCUACACGAGACUACAGCAUCAUUGAUCAACAUUCAAACCUAAACACGGGUAUGGGAGAGGGUGUUUCUUACAGAGCAAGAAUUCUGAUAUCAAUUCGCACCGAGAUUAUGGAUAGCAUAGAAUGCCCAGCUUCAGAAGUAGAAGUUGAACCGAUAGCUCCUAUUAAUGAGACAUCAUUUGGAAAGAAUGAAGAAUUUUUUCUCUUUGGUAGUAUUUUUGACGCUAACAUGAUCGAUAAACGCCUUGUCGAUAAGCCGUUGCAAUUUGAACUAAGUAUCGGUAACGCUGGUAAUUCACUCGAUGGACUUAAUGAGUCGGUCAAGAGACCUCACGAUUUGGAUUGUGAACUUGAUGAAUUAAGUGCCGAUACAGGGUACUGGCAAAGUGUUACUCAACCAACUAAAGCGACUUCAGUAGAUAAGAAUUAUUACUUUCUUCCAUACUGGGAUCAUAAACAGUGCAUGCACGUGCGCAGCAUUUGGCCCGAUCAUCGCAGACGCAUGUACAACUCCAACAUGAUUUCGAAUAUCGUCGAGAAAUUUGAAGAGGGGUUGGCAGAUGCUCAAAUGGCAAUUGAGGCUGAUAGUGGACCAGAUAGUACAAGUGUGGCAGCACUCAAAUCUGUUCUGGAAUCCAUUAGCAACGAUUGUGCUGCUUAUGUUCGCCACAUGAGUGGCGCUCCACCCAUCGGCAAUACUAAACUUGAUCGGGAGAGACUUAAAAUGUGUGUUUACGAAAUGGAUCAGAUAAGUGCUUUGACUAAAAAUCUAAGGGCACUCAUUACGAAACAUUCUAUCAAAGACCGCAUUCGUAGUGCUUGCGAUUAUUUGAAGAGACUUAAACAUAUCUGCGAAGAUUCGCAGCCAGCAAUGCCUGAUGUGUUUCUAUGGAUGAUAAGUAACGGGAAGCGUUUAGCUUACUACCGAAUUCCAGCCAGAGAUAUUAUUUUCUCUGGAAAUUCUGAAGAGUCUGGCAAAUUCUGUGGGAAAAUGCAGACACUGUUUCUAAAGUGGCCCGGAAAAAAGGCAACCACAUCUAGUGGAUGGACCAUUCCAGCUAUGAUUAGAAUAUUCCUCUGGUUAGGGGUCUUGCAAGACAAAAAGCAUUAUAUUGACGGUCUUCCUCAAGGUUUUGAAAUUAGUUCAGAGCUACGAAAUGCUGAGAAACUACGAUCAAACGCUCCGAAUACUAUAUUUUAUGCAACAAAACACAACUUUCAAAUGCGGGCAUAUAUUUAUCAAGCUAGAUCUUUAAUUGGUUCAGACUCCUCUGGUUUGUCUGAUCCUUUUGCCAGAGUCAUAAUUGGAGAUAGUACUUCAACCACUCAAGUAAUAGAUGAAACUUUAAGUCCUACUUGGGAUGAGCUACUUGUAUUUGAUGACAUAUUAUUAUACAGUACUAUUGAACAAAUUAAAGCAGACCCACCCACAAUUGUCAUAGAAAUAUUUGAUCAAGAUAAAGUUGGUAAAUCAGAAUUUAUCGGACGUACAUUAGCUAAACCAGCGAUCAAGUCCUUUGAAGAUAGUUAUGAAAGACCACAAUUUCCACCAUCUUUAGAAUGGUAUGAAAUUACUAGAGGUGACGAUAGAGCGGGUGAACUAUUGGCAACUUUUGAAUUGCUUGAGAUUCCACCCAAACAAGAUGCAUCCAUUUUACCGGAGCUUCCUUCUCCAAGAGUGCCUAGUGGAAAGCCUCCAUUUGAUACGAAUAAAGGCCCUAUAUUGCCAGUACCGAGAGGGAUACGUCCAACGCUUUCGAAGUAUCGCAUUGAGGUCCUAUUUUGGGGCUUACGUGAUUUGAAACGCGUUCAUUUGCUAACAGUCGAUAAGCCGAGAGUUGACAUUGAGUGUGCAGGAAAUAUUAUAUAUUCUACUGUUAUACAAAAUGCUCAACGUAAUCCAAAUUUCAUAAAUCCUGUGAAAUUUGUAGAUGUAGAAUUGCCGGAUCAGAAUUUGUAUAGACCACCGUUGACAAUUCGAGUAGUCGAUUGCCGCAGUUUUGGUAGAAUAACAUUGGUUGGAACACAUAUCAUUAAUUCCAUUCAUAAGUAUAUAUAUACACCAAUGAGUAAGCGUGAAAGGGAAAUUGAAGAGCGAAAAAAAUCUUUAAUCCAACUGGAAAACAUAGAUCUGCGUGGAAACUGUUUAAUUCAAGACGAUAUUUUUACAGUUGAAAACGAAAAAGAAAGCUCUCCACUCUUACUACGUAGCGAUCGUUAUAAUGUCUCAUAUGGCUCUAACAUAAAAUUAGGAGCUCGCAAGAAAAUUAUUAAGCGUGAAACUGGUAAGAAACGCAAAGCUAGCAGUGAGUCAGUAUUAGACGAUGACGAAAGUAGCAAAGAUUGGUGGACAAAGUAUUUCGCUUCUGUUGAAUCAAUGAUUGAAGAAGAAAAGGAAGCAAAAAGAGAAAGGGGCUGUUUCCUCCGGGCGCCUUUGUAUUCAAGUGCAGAUGAUAAUAAAUGCACUCGCGAAGACUGGCGUUCAUCGCAAAUACAACAUGGACGCUAUAAACGACAACAGUUUCAGUCUCCUAGAACAAAAUUAAGUCCUAUAAUUUCAAAGAAAAAUGAAAUACCAAGAUCAGCUUUGACUAAGGUUUAUCCUCAUGAGUUGGAAGCGGUACCAGAAUAUGAGGAAUUUAAAGAGUGGUUACAUUCAUUUGAAUUGUACCGAGGAAAAAAGACUGGUGAUGACACCGAAGAUGAAAACCGUGUAGUCGGUGUUUUUAAGGGUGCAAUAAAAGUUUACAAAUGGCCCAUACCAAAAGGAAUCGACGAUCACACUGUGAUGGGAUUUGAUCCAAACCAUGGAUUUUUCCAAGGAGUCCCAAGUAACGAACCAAUCCGUGUUUUAGUUAGAGUUUAUGUAGUGAAAGCCACUGAUUUACAUCCAAUGGACUUGAAUGGAAAGGCUGACCCAUAUAUUGUAUUGCAUAUGGGCUCUAAAAAAAUAAGUGAUCAAGAAAAUUACGUGUCAAAACAAUUAAAUCCGAUUUUUGGAAAAUGUUUUGAAAUCGAAGCGACAUUUCCACAGGACUCCUUGCUGACGAUUCAAGUUCUUGAUUGGGACUUGCUUGGAUCUGACGAUUUGAUUGGGGAAACAAAAAUUGAUCUCGAAAAUCGAUUUUACAGCCGACAUAGGGCAACAUGCGGACUGCCAAAGAAAUAUGAAGAGCAAGGUUAUAAUAAAUGGCGCGACGCGAUGAGACCAACCCAAAUUUUAGCGAAGCUUUGCAAGGAUGGAAAAUUGGAUCCACCGAUUUACGAGCAUGGACGAGUCAAAAUCGGACGCACUAUAUUCAACAUGCCAAUGGACGACAUUGAACUCUUAUCCAACCCUGAUACAAUUGAAGAACAAAUGGCAUUGGUUGUUCUUCACCGUUGGCAAGAAGUACCGCGUGUUGGCACACAUCUGGUUACUGAGCAUGUUGAAACCCGACCUUUGUAUAAUCCUAAAAAACCAGGUAUCGAGCAAGGGCGCUUAGAAAUGUGGGUUGACAUGUUUCCAAUGGACAUGCCUCUUCCGGGACCGCCAUUGGACAUAUCGGCUCGUAAACCUAAGUCGUACGAAAUGAGAGUUGUUGUAUGGAAUACAGAUGAUGUAGUUUUGGAAGAUGAUGCCUUCUUCACCGGCGAAAAGAUGUCUGACAUUUAUGUGAAAGGUUGGCUUAAAGGUCCUGAUGAUUGUCAGUGCACGGACAUACAUUAUCGAUCCCUAACUGGAGAAGGCAAUUUUAACUGGCGCUUCAUUUAUCCAUUCGAUUAUUUGGAGGCUGAAGAACGUAUUGUAAUUUCUAGAAAAGAAUCAGUUUUUUCUUGGGAUGAGACUGAAUGCAAAAUUCCAGCCCGCUUCGUGCUGCAAGUGUGGGAUGCAGACCAUUUUUCUGCUGAUGAUUUCUUGGGAGCUAUUACAUUGGACUUGAAUAGAUUCCCCCGUGGGGCAAAAUCAUCUAAGUUAUGUUCUCUGAAUAUGCUUAGUAAUGACGGCACGGUCCCAAUGGUAAACAUAUUUAAACAAAAGCGUGUAAAGGGAUGGUGGCCUGUCUACAUUAAACGUGACACUGAGGAAAUGGAACUAACAGGGAAAGUAGAGGCAGAAAUACAUCUCUUAACACGUGAAGAAGCUGACAAAGCACCAGCUGGUCUAGGACGCAAUGAACCGGAUCCUUUGGAAAAACCAAAACGCCCAGAUGCAUCUUUCAUGUGGUUCCUCAACCCACUUAAAUCUAUCCGGUACAUCGUCUGGCAUAACUACAAGUGGACAGUACUGAAAGUAUCUUUAAUACUAUUCCUGGCAAUCAUGAUUUUGUUGCUAGUUUAUGCAGUCCCAGGAUAUACAGUCAAGAAGCUCCUAGGCGCUUAA